AUGGGUUCAUCUUCAUUGUUUGGAAACAAGCCGACAACACUCGACCUUCUUGGGCUCGGCAUGGAUGCUGCUAGUUCUGCUUUUCUAAAUUCCUAUGGGACUGGUGGCUUUAAUGUUGGAGCAGCAGCUGUAGCAGCAGCAGCAGCCGCUGCAUAUGGUGGUGGAGGAAGAGAGAAUUCUGAAGAAACAUGGGAUGGUGCUCCUGAGAGAAAACCUAAUGGAUCCACAGCAGCCUCACUUUAG